CAGUAAAACUAGAUCCUUUCAUCUCGGCGGAGCUUACUGACAACCAGCCGUCUGGUUUCCUAGGAAACAAAAUCUUGGCUAGAAAUAGUGAAUCAUUUCCAGGUCACUUUCAACAUGGAGAGUGGAGCAGGGAAGCAUUGGACUGAGGAGGAGGUUAAAGCCUUGUUAAGCGUCUGGUCAGAAAAAAAUAUCAGAAAGCAACUGCACGGCACCCUGAGGAAUAAAGGAAUAUUUAUCUACAUUGCUAAAAGGUUACAGGAGUUGGGAGUGUGCAGGGACUGGAAACAGUGCCGUGCAAAGUACAAAAACCUGAAGUACGAAUACAGAACGGUUAAAUAUGCCCACAACUCUGGGGAUGUCACUAAAACCAUGAAGUUUUUCCAUGAUCUGGAUGCCAUAUUGCGAUAUGAGCCUGUCACACAAUUAGCAGCAGAAGAAAACGGCAGGUGUUCUGCGACUGAGACGCAGCUGAACACAAGCCCCACAACAGACAGCACGCAAGGUGAAAUACCAGUCUCUUUAGAAGAUGAUGAGGAUGCUCCAGGAGAUCCACUACUUUUUAUAUCACAUGCCAGACCUGUUCAACUAGGUAAUCCAGCGCCAGCAGCAGAGGCUUCCAAACCACCGGCUUUCAUUCCGACAGUAGCAAAUGAAGGAGGAAAACACUGGACUGUUAAUGAAGUCAGAGCUUUGAUACGCAUAUGGUCAGACAAAAAUAUCCAGCAACAACUGGAGGGGACAGUGAGAAAUAAAAGAAUAUUUGAACAGGUUGCUGCUAGACUGCAAAAGUUUGGAAUUGACAGGGACUGGAAGCAGUGCAGGACAAAAUACAAAAAUCUGAAACAUGAAUACAAGAGUGUAAAAAGUGCCCAAGACUCAGGGAGUACGAGUAAAAGCAUGAAAUUUUUUAAUGAACUCGAUGCUAUUCUGGGGCACUGCACCAUGGAACAAGCAAGUAAAUCAGAUAAUGAUGAAAGCGAGAGGCCUCCAGAAUGGACAGAAGCAAAAUCAGAAAAGGAUUCCGUAGAAAUGCCUGGAGACACAGGUGAAGAGGACUCUGUUAGUAAUAUGUCAGAAGACCUACAGAUUGCAGAUACAAAAAAACUUUCUGAUUCAGAAAUCCUUGAAGAUGACAGGGACUUUACCAAGUCCACCCCAGCAGCUCUGAAAUCUACACAAAUAAAGAAGGAGAUGAUUGAUAUAGAUGAUGAUUCUAUAAGCACUACCUCAGAAGACAGAUCUUGUACACCAGUAGCAAAACGGAUGGUGGGGACAGACAAUCACAUUCCCUUGGAAGAAGCACAAAAUCACUUUAAAGUUAUUACAGUUAAUGAUACGGGAGCAGGAAAACACUGGAGUGAUAAUGAAGUUAGGGCUCUGAUAAACAUAUGGUCAGAUGAGAAGAUACAACAAAUGCUUGAAGGGGCCACAAGAAAUAAAGAAAUAUUUGAGGAAAUUGCCAGAAGGUUAAUGAAAUGUGGUAUAGACAGAGACUGGAAACAAUGUCGCACAAAGUACAAGAACCUAAAAUACGAAUACCGUGCACUGCAGAAAGAAAAUGAACAUCUUGGAAAUCCUAGGAGAAAAAUGAGAUUUUAUGAUGAAGUUGACUGUAUCUUAAGAAGACAGCCUCUGGGAACCUCAGGCUGGGGAUGUGAAAGCUCAAGUCUCCUAUCAGUUUCAGUGGGAGAUGCUACAGACACAGGAUCUUUGAGUAUCAAGAGAAAAACAUGGAAUGAUGAGGUGUCACCUGUUCCAAUUAAGAAAAGUGCUUCUGAAAACACCAUACUUCACUUCCAAAAACUAUUAACAGAGAGAGUGCACACGGUAACAGAAGGCAAAAAGUUACUGUUUGAACGGCUUUGUAAGCAGGAAGAAAUGCAAGACCUCAACAGAACACAGCUGUAUGCUGAUCCAUCAGCCAUACAACAGGUGUCCGUGCCCGCUCCCGCCGCAGCCAUGGCCCCCGCAGCAUCAGACCUGAAACUUGGCAAAAAAGUUAACGAAGGUAAAACGAAAGAAGUGUACGAGCUGCCAGAUAUUCCGGGAUGUGUUCUCAUGCAGUCAAAAGACCAAAUAACGGCGGGAAAUGCAGCCAGGAAGGACCGAAUGGAAGGGAAGGCUGCCAUUUCCAACACAACGACAAGCUGUGUGUUUCAGCUGCUUCAGGAAGCUGGAAUCAAAACAGCUUUUGUCAGGAAACAGAGCGACACAGCCUUCAUAGCAGCUCACUGUGAAAUGAUCCCAAUUGAAUGGGUGUGCAGAAGAAUUGCUACUGGCUCUUUCCUCAAGAGAAACCCUGGUGUUAAAGAAGGGUAUAAGUUUUACCCACCCAAAAUUGAGAUGUUUUACAAGGAUGAUGCUAAUAAUGAUCCGCAGUGGUCUGAAGAGCAAAUAAUUGAAGCAAAAUUCUGUUUUGCUGGACUUACUAUUGGCCAAACUGAAGUAGAUAUUAUGUCUCGUUCUACUCAAGCCAUUUUUGAGAUCCUAGAAAAAGCAUGGCAGCCCCAAAACUGCACUCUUGUAGACCUGAAGAUUGAAUUUGGUGUUAAUGUGCUGACAAAAGAAAUCGUUCUUGCUGAUGUUAUUGACAAUGAUUCAUGGAGACUGUGGCCAGCAGGAGACAGAAGCCAACAAAAGGACAAACAGUCCUAUCGGGACCUGAAGGAAGUGACUCCUGAAGCACUGCAGAUGGUUAAGAGAAACUUUGAAUGGGUUUCAGAAAGAGUGGAGCUGCUUCUAAAAUCAAAGAGCCAAGGUAGAGUUGUGGUGUUAAUGGGAUCUUCUUCUGACCUCAGUCACUGUGAAAAAAUAAAAAAGGCAUGUGCAACCUUUGGAAUUCCUUGUGAAUUAAGAGUGACCUCUGCUCACAAGGGGCCAGAUGAAACCCUGAGGAUCAAAGCAGAAUAUGAAGGAGAUGGAAUCCCAACAGUGUUUGUUGCAGUAGCUGGCAGAAGCAAUGGUUUGGGGCCAGUAAUGUCUGGUAACACUGCUUACCCAGUUGUCAACUGCCCUCCACUCUCAGCUGACUGGGGUACUCAGGAUGUGUGGUCCUCUCUUAGACUGCCCAGUGGUCUUAGCUGUCCUACUACUCUGUCACCUGAAGGAGCUGCCCAGUUUGCUGCCCAGAUAUUUGGGCUAAAUAACCAUUUAGUGUGGGCCAAACUGCGAUCCAACAUGUUAAACACCUGGAUCUCCUUGAAGCAGGCUGACAAAAAACUUAGAGAGUGCUCCUUGUAAGUCACACUGACAAGUAACUGUUAUUAGUUACACAAUGACAAUGGCGUGUGCAUAUUCAUUCAUAUUAGGAUUUACCCUUGGAUGACCUCAAAAGUCCUGCAUCAUUUCUUGCAGAAGAAAGCAUUGUUAGAGCAGAAUAGGAAGUCUGUUGUGUCCUUCCCUUGUGUAUUUUUUUAAUGUAACAACUAAGUAGAGAUGGGGAAGUAGUAUUUUAGGUAUCUCUUUCUGUUUCUCCAGAAUGGUGCUUUUCUGCUUUUCAGUCUAUACUGUUAACUACAGACUUUGUAAAGAGAAUGAUUUGGUGUGAUCUAAAUAGAAUUCAACUACUCUUCUGCAUUUCUGUAACAGUAACACUCUUCCAUAGUAUUAAUGUAUGUCUUGAACCUUAUUAACUGAACUGGAGUGCUGAUUAAAGCCAGUGUUGAUGCUGUUCUGCUUGCAAUGAGGAUAUGCUUUCUAUAGCAAUAAAAUGGCAACAUAUGCUGUAUUAAUUGGAAAAGGGUGUGGAAAAAUGUUUUAAAAGCCUGAAAUAAAUACAUGCCUUAUUUAAAAUACAUAUAUAUGCAUACAUGUAUCUUUUUUUAAAAAUGUGUGUGUAUAUUUACUCCAUUGAUAUCUUUUGGAAUGAUGUGAUGAAGUUAAUACCAAUUUGCUUGUUCAUAACAAGCUAUAAAUACAAAUGGCUUGAGUGGCCUGUAAUUUGGCCUGUUGCCUGUUUGCUCUAACUCUUACCUAGUCCAGGCUUUGUCCUUUUAAAUACUAGGCAUAUCUACCUUCAAUAGUUCUAUAGAGCCUAUGUGAUUAUGUUGGACUGUCUUAAUACACGUCAAUAGCUGUAGCUAUUCUGUGUCUAUAUUUCCUCACUCUUUCUGUGAAAAUUUUACUGAACUGAACAGGGGAACACAUACUAAACCAACAAACUUCUGGGGCGGGAAGCCUAAGCAUGACUUUCUUGUCUUUGCACACACCAGUCUUCUGAGUAGGUAAGAUUCUAACAAAUAUGCAAUUACUCAAAAAGUAUGUAACAUCUAUGCUUUUACAAUUAUAAAUAAACUAUUGAAUGCAAAUCUA